AUGACGCGCCCCCGAAUUGUUCGCGCUGAUACUCUUGAUCUUCAAGACCAGCAUGCACCCUCGGCUAAGGAUCAUUCGAAACAGCAUAUUGUCGUAAGCAGCGGCUUUGGACCCCACCAGGAGCAAUCCAUUCGGCAUGCCGAUCAAGACACGAGAGAAGAAGUGAUGCAUGGGCCCGGGACCGAAGAAAAUCACCUAGCCGCCGAUGAUUAUCGCGAUGGUAUCGAUAUAUAUGAUGACGACGAUGAUUUGGACGACGACCUAGGGCACAGUCAGCACGUUGGAGGCUCAGAAGAUGGUGACCUAGCAGACGGAGAAGGCGAUGAUGAUUUGUUGGAUGAUGAUCUUAUGGAUAAAAUCUCGAGCUCCCCAUCUAUCGACGACGAGGAUAUCGACUUCGAGUUUGUUUAUGCGCUUCACAACUUCGUUGCAACCGUUGAUGGACAAGCCAACGCGGCAAAGGGUGACACUAUGGUCCUUCUGGACGACAGUAACAGCUACUGGUGGCUUGUUCGAAUCGUCAAAGAUGGCAGUAUUGGGUAUCUGCCUGCCGAGCAUAUUGAGACACCAACCGAAAGAUUGGCAAGAUUAAAUAAACACAGAAAUGUCGAUCUUUCCGCGACGAUGCUCGGAGACAACUCGGAAAAGUCUAAGAAUCCGCUGAAGAAAGCAAUGCGCCGUAGAAACGCGAAGACCGUAACGUUUACGAGCCCAACCUACAUUGAAGCAUCUGACAUAGAGUUUUCGACGGAUGACGAACUGGACGAUGUUGCUUCUUUGACCGAUGUGGAUGGAUUGCAAGGGGAUGUUGACGACCUGCAAGAGAGUGAACAUGAGGACAUUGUUGUCGAGCCUCUCAGACCGAAGUCGCAAAGAGACAAGGCAAGCGAGGAUUUGGAAACAGUACACGAAGUCAAAGAAUCUGAUCGGGCCAGCCCCGAGAACCAACGAUCUAGUGUGGAGUUGUUGGAGUCUGAAGCAGAAACAGCUGUCAGCCGGUCAAGAAACGGGACUGUGCGUAACACAGACUCAUUCUUCAAGGAUGACACCGUUGAGACGAAGAAAAUCUCUCUUACACCAAACCUCCUCCGCGACGAGGUUGGCAGUGGUAGCGUAGCCAAUGACGCACGAGAGGUAGGAUACACUCCCAUAAGCUAUUCAAUUGAAGGGAUUGCUGACAAUGUAUCAAAUUGCAAGACCCGUGGGAGCAUGGAGGCUGUCGAGAAAGCUCUCAGCGCAUAUGAUAAGAACAAGGACGACAAAAAGCGCAAAGACAAAAAACCAGGGAUGCUCAGUGGCUUAUUCAAGAGAAAAGACAAAAAGACGAAGGCAGCCGAAGAAGAUGUUGAUGAGGCAGAAAAGGUUUCGGGUGAAUUGUCUCGAUCUUCGCCACAACCCAAGACAUCAUCAGAAUCGAUAUCGUCUCCCGAGUCAAAAUCUCCUAACCCUCUCGUGGUGCAGAAACAGGCCAGCAAGCUGCAGAAGCAAUCCCCAGUCGUCCAGGCUCCUUCAAGAAAUGGCGUGGAGCAGGAACGGGCGGCACAGAGAUCAGCGGAGGCUAAUGAUGAUGUGAACGUUGCACAGAGCCAGAGGAAAGAGCAAACGAUACGCCAAGUAGCGUCCGAGGACGAUAUCCCACAGUCCCCUGUCUCGACUAAUCUUCAGCAAGACCAGCCUUUGUCCUCUCCCAUUCGGACAUCAAGCCCAUUGAAGAAACUCAACACUGCACAGCCAAGUUCAGCAGACACGGUAGCAUCUCCUACCAGACCUCACUAUUCGCAACACUCCGUUGCCUCUCCACCACAAAAUUUCCCUCCAAGGCAGGAUGUGGGAUACCAAGGCUUCCGUGGAGACUCCCCGGUGGAAGUUUCUCCAGUGGAUAUAUCCCCAGUGGAGGGCCCAUCUUCACCAGGUGCACCGGGCAUGACGAUGGAUCCAUCAUCACCUGGAGGCUUCUCCGUCUCCCCGGUAUCCCCGCCUUUGUCUCCAGCUGUCGAGAGCAACAGUAGCAGGAAUCUUGAUGCAGAUAGAACGUCGUUCGACGUAGGGUCGACCGAUACACCUACAUGGAGCGAUGCUAGCCUGCGAUCCUACCUUGACGAUGAAAGCGAUAUCCGCGACUUGUUCAUCAUCGUUCACGAUAACUCUAACGUUCCCCCUGCUGGCCCUGAUCACCCAAUCACUGGUAGCCUGUUUAAGGAGGAGAGCAAGCGACUCAAGGAAAUGAACAGUCAGUUGGAUUCGAUGCUAGCUGACUGGGUAGGCCGAAAGAUGCGGAAGUCUAUAAGCCAAUGA